AUGACAACCCAGACCUUUCCAAGAUUUCCGCGCGAGACAACGCAGAUUGGAUCAACCAAGAUCUGGAGACUGAACGGAGCGAAUAAAGGCCGUGAAUUGGGAAGACGUUUGACGCCUGCUAUAUACGCCAAACGAAGAUCGGAAAAUCUAGCUUCCGUAGCGGGGAGGGACGUUAAAUAUUCAGAUAGACGUAAGGCGGGAGGACCGGGAGGAUGGGUAAAUAUCUCCCACCCCUCUUCUCAAUUUAAGAAUAACGAAGGUAUAAAUGACAAGAACUCCGAGAAGAGAGAGAAGCGAACCGAGGGGAGAUAUGGGCGCCGUAUAUAUACCUCCAUAGGACGAUCUUGCGAUCACCGCGUCUCUGGUCAAGUCACCGCUCCACGCCACUCCAUCCAGGAUUCGCAGUCACUCACAUUGCGACGUCCUAGUGCUGGGAUUGAAUUACUUCCCAUAUCACUACUUAGCCUCCGAUAUCGAUAUGAUGAAACGAGCAUAGGCAGCCGGAACAUGAAAUGUUAA